ACAAAAUCCAAAUCCCCUUCAUAACUUCCUUUCUUCUUAUAUAACUGUCUUCAAUUUAUUUUUCAUUUUUUAAUUUAAUUAUUUAAAAAUAAAUAAAUCAAACAACGACGAUUCUCUUCGCUAUGAUUCCCCGGCCUUCUUAUCCUCGGAGGCAAAUCUCCGGCAAGGCGGCUCAGCCGAGCUCCGAGUGGCCGCUCCACACUUUCCCGCCAGAGAGAAACCCCGUCGACUUAGCUCGCCGCCCCGGAGGAAUCCUCUCCGUACCGACUGGGAGAUUUUCUUUGCCGGCGAAGGUGAACACGAACACCCCACGGCUGACGAAACUUCUGCUGAACGUGACGAUCGAGAGGAGCUUGGGGCCGGUCCAGGUGGUGAUUUCGUCAGAGAGUACGGUGGGUGAUUUGGUGAAGGCGGCGGUGGAGUUAUACGUGGGAGAGAAGAGGAGGCCUCUGUUGCCGGAGACUGAUCCGCACCGUUUUGAACUUCAUUACUCGCAGUUUAGCUUGGAGAGUUUGAAGGAAAGGGAGAAGUUGAUAAAUUUAGGGUCAAGGAAUUUCUUCUUAUGCUCAAAGCCAAAGCCAAAGCCAAAGGCAGUAACGUCUUCAGUAAAAUCUUCUUCUUGUUCUGAGGAAGCAACCUCAUUAUUACCAUUAGCAAAGUUGAUGGAUUUGUUAUUGUAAACCUUUUUUUUAAAAAACCUAAUUUUACAUUAUAUUAUCCAAUCUUAUUAAUUACCAACCUAAA